AUGAGUUCUGUAGAGAGUCAACCUGUUCCAUUAGGAGGAAAUAGAGUACCGGAUUCUAUGGGUGGACCUGUAUGUACACCGUGGCAACAAUUAGAAGAACAGCCACCGCAGCCACAAGGAGGAUACGGCAAAGCAUGCGAUUUAAUUCUUUUAUUAAGAGAAGAAAUAGGAAAUAUUAAAAAACAAUUCUCUAAUCUUGCUAUACCUAUUAAGGCGUAUAUUUAUAACACAGGUGCUCCUGAUAGAUCAGCAGUAGAGAAGGAUUUGAAUGCAAUAGAUGCAGCAGCAGCAGCAAUAGGAGAAGCAGCAGGAGCAGCAGCAGCAGCAGCAGCAGAAGAUAGAUAUUUACCUCAAUCAGUAAUAGGAGAAGCAACACAAGUACUAAAAGGAUUACGAGUAGAUAUACAAAAGAGAGCAGCAGACGGCAGAGCUCUAUGUCUAGUAACCCUAGAUAAGGCAGAUACCCAUAAACAGCAGCAGCAGGAGCAGCAGCAGCAGGAGCAGCAGCAGCAGCAGCAGCAAGAAGAAGGACCUGGAUUCAAUAAAGAAUUAUAUGGGGAUUUUAAUCUACGAUUAGGUCCUGUUACUCGUUCUCUUUUUUCUUGGCAAAAACAAUUACUUAAUAUUAUUAAAUUAAUAAAAAAAGAAAGGAAGGAGGAAGAGGAAGAGGAGGAACAUUUUACUAAUUAA